UAGAUAUAUUGUAUUAAGUUAAAUAUAUUAUUAAUUACUCUCACUUGUUUCUUUUUACCUUUUUAAAUGUGGCUUGUAGAAAAUGUAUACUUACAAAUUUGGCUUGCAUUUUAUUUCUACUGGUCCCUUGCUGUGAGAAGCAAAGGUCCAUGGUUCUCAGGACCUCACCUUGUUUAUGGGUGGAAGUCACAUUGGCCCAUUGUGCAGGUGGACUAGUGUUUGUUUUCACAAUUUCAUCACAACUGACUCAAAACAUCAAAGUGUCAUUUAUUUCGAACUCUGCUAUAUAGUUUAUAACACUUCAUCCUCACAAAAUACCUGUGUGAAUAUGCAAGUAAUAGAAAUAAUUUAAAUAGAAUAUUGAUGAGUUGAAUUAUUGAGUAAGAAUGUCUAAGAAGCAGAUCUAAGACUAGAGAUUAUGUCCUUUAACAUUUCUGUAUGGUUGUUUCUGCAAAUACUACUUCCUCUAGAGAAAACACUUUCUUUUCAUGUUUACCAAAGUGAUUCCUCGGGGGCUGACUUACAUUGGCCCAGAUACAUUGCAUCACCCUAGAUAUAUCAGCUCCAAACACGUGAUACAUUUUGCAAAGAGAGUGUUACCCUGGGAACCACGGUAACGUAAGGUUAUACUGGUUAAAAUACAUCCCCAUUUAAGUUUGUGAGUAUCCCCAACUAGUAUCUACUAUGUGGAUAUUCAGGAUUUAUCUGGAGUGGUUGCAGUUCUUUUGAUGAAGCAUAGUUCUGUUUUAGAAUCUCUUAAAUCAGCUCCUGUGCUGGCAAGUCCAUUCAUUCAAUAAUGCACCCUGCUGGAUUUCAAAGACUGAACCCUCUGCCCAAGGCUAAGGCUAGUGAGCCAAGGCAGGGAUGAAGUAAACAUCCCCAGGUAAGACUGGACACUAUUCUAUCACUAUGUUGUCUUGCCCCUUUUAUAAGUGCAUUGCAAGACUUUUGCUCUCAAAUCUAUAAUAUCAGCCCUGAUCGCUCUCUUGAACUUCAAAGUCAUAUAGCCAAAUGUUUGCCUUGUAUUUGGAAACCUCAUAAGCAUCACAGUUGCUUUUAUGUUAUUAAAUAUUUUUCAUAGCUGCAUAGUAUUCCAUUGAUAAAUGAAUAAAGAAUAGUCCAUCAGUAAACAAUAUUUAUUAGACAUUUGCCAAAGCAGUUUUGAUGUGCUUUGCCACGUGAUUUGCAUGCAUUAUCAAAUUGCAUCUUUACAACAACUCUGAGGCAGGGGGUCUGGUAUAUGAAGAAACAAAGGCCCAUAAAAAUUAUACCUCUUGCCCAAGCCACACAAACAGUCGGUGGCAAAACCGAGAUUCAGUUAUACGUGAUUUAACGCCAGAGCCACCAGAUCUGUAACCCAUUUAGCACAUUUCCAUUGUUAGAUACUUAGGUUGUUUCUGAUUUUCUUGAAAUGAUAAAUAAUGCUGCCUAUGUUGAGCGUCCUUAGAGCCAAAUCUGUACAUAUUUCUGGUCAUUUUCUUUAGAUAAUUUCUUAGAAGUGAAUUUUCUGGCUCAAUUGGUUCUUCCCUCUCAUUACAAAUCUGAUAAUGCACCUUCCAGAUAUUACUAUGUUUAACAUUUCAUUCUUUUUUCCAGUCUUUUAUGAACAUAUAAACACAAUAUGUAUAUAGCACUAUGUAUACUACACACAUUUGGUGCUAGAUAUAUAGCUACAUUGAAGCAUAUAUUUUACAUUUUUGUUUUACAUUAUGAAAAUUGUAUGAUACCAUUACUACAUAUAUAAACAAAUACAUAUGUUUUCUUUGCAGAUAACCAGUUAAUUAAUUGUAGAAACCAUAUUGUGGAGUUUAAAGAAAAUAUUCUAAGUUUAAAAAACAAAAUUGAAAGAAAUCGCCAAGAGCUGAGAGAUGCCUUGAGUAAAAUGAAGGAUGACUUUAGAAGGAGAGGCAAUGCACCUGUAAAACUAGUUGAGAAGAAAGCGAGUACACUGGAUCAGAAUGAAACAGUGCCUAAUACAUUCGAAGUCUUAAAGUUCUUUUUCCCUCAUCUAAGGAAAGUAGGCAGAAUUUAUCCUGAUGUGAUCAUUGGCAAAGAGAAAACAGGCGUGUCUUUCGCGCUGGGCAUUUCCACCGUGAAGAGACAGAACAAUAGCUACCUGAAGCAGACGCUGACCUCGCUGCUGUCCAGGAUGACCGUCUCCGAGGAGAAGGACUCUGUGGUGAUCGUCUCCGUCGCCGAUAGUAAUGAAGAUUAUUUGAAAUCUGUUGUUGACAUGAUUACAAAAACAUUCAAAAGGCAAGUGAAGUCUGGAUCCUUAGAGGUCAUUUCAAUACCUGCCUUUUUUUAUCCAGACAUAUUACAUGCCAAGCAAUCAACUGAGGACUCAAAAAAACUGGAUAGUUGGCGAAUCAAACAAGUAUUGGAUUUUUGUUUUUUGAUGCUGUACGCCCAACCCAAGGCCAUGUAUUAUUUACAGCUAGAAGAUGAUAUCAUAGCUAAAAAGAUGUACUUUACCAAAAUCACAGAUUUCGUACAUAGUGUCACUCAAAAUAGUUGGUUUUAUAUUGAGUUUUCAGUUCUUGGAUUCAUAGGAAAGCUGUUUAAAUCGGAGGACUUAACUGACUUCAUACGUUUUUUUUUAAUGUUCUACAAAGACAAACCCAUAGACUUGCUCUUGGGGGACAUUUUUCAGGUGAAGAUGUGUAACCCAGGAGAAACUCCUGAGGAAUGUGUAGAACGAAAUAAGCAAAUUUGUAUUCGAUAUAAACCUUCUCUUUUCCAGCAUGUGGGCAUACAAUCAUCACAUCCUGGAAGAGAACAAUAUUUAAAAGAAAUACCAAGCUAAUAACCAUAACAAGAAGAAACUCUGUAAUACCUUGGAACCUCAGAAACCCUGCUUUCUAACGGCAUCUUUCAGACAUUGUAAUAAUGAAAGUAUAUAGAAAAAACGGCGAACAAACUAGUGAACUUGAAAGUAUUAAAUUAGAAAAUUAGGACAUUUUAUGUCAAGAAAAAUUAGGACAUUUUAUUUAUGAUGUUUGUACCCUUACUAUUAUAAUGUAAUAUAAAAAUAGCAAAGACAAAGGAGCUUUUAAAUAUUGAGAAAUGUAUUUUGUUGACUUCGAUAGUGAUGCUAUAUAUAACCUGAACAACAGCUAAAAGUUCAGAAACUUGACAUUGUCAUGGACAGGUUCUGUGUGAAGUGGUGUGUAUCUUAUCCAUUUUGUUAAGACAUCUGAAGAAACAGAGAGCACAAGUUGAAGCAAGCCAGGGUCUCACAGUACCAUAAUAUCUUCUUGUCUUUUAAGUAAGUGCAUUUAAAACUAUAAACUUACCCCUAAAUGCCAUUUGAUCUGACUACCAAACAUCUUGAUGUAUGUGUAUAUUCUGGCUGUCAUUCAGUUCUAAAGAGUUCAUAUUUUCUGUUAUUAUUGCCUUUUUAACUCAUGGAUUAUCUGGGAAUGUGCAUGGGUUUUUAAAAAUAUACUGGUUUUGCCAUCUUUUACUGUUGAUUAUUUAAUUACAUUGUUGUUAGAGAACUUUGUGUAAUAAAAUUUAAUAACUUAUGAAUUC